GUAAGCGAGCCGCUCGCUCGGUAUUAUCUACCCCUCUCGCGAGUGUAAAAAAGAUAGACGCUACAGGAAGUACGUGAAAAUAUAUCGUUAUUUACAGUGUGUAAUGUUCGUGAUGUUUCUGUGUAAAUAUUAUGACGUUUAAAAAAGUGAUUCCAAGUGCUAUAUAAAACAGUUAUGGUGUAAUUAGUAAUCAGAUAUAAAAGCGUGGGUGAUGGUGCCUCUUCGGAUGUUGUCAUUGUGGUCAACACUGCUCCUAUUAUCAACCCUAGAACGGGGAAGCGGUCAAGCGACGGAGGUCGAUGUGCGAAUAUCAGCGCCCAGCUGGGUUGCACGUGGUGGUUCUGCAACGCUUCGAUGCCUCCAUCAAGUGCCACCGCAGCUGCUUUAUAAGGUGGAAUUUCUGAGGUCCGGUGCAAAGCUACUCCAGUAUGUCAGGGAGAGAAAACCACCGUACACGAAUUAUACAUUCCCUGGUGGGAAACUGAAUAUGUCUCUGGUGACUGAGAAUUCUAUUACACUUGAUAAUCUGGACCCGACCGCCUCCGGGCUCUACUGGUGUGAGGUGUCUCUGGAGACACCCAUAUUCACGGCCGCCUCUCCGCCUCACCAGCUUACCGUCGUGUACUCGCAAAAACACCCACCUAUAAUAACAUUCGGAAAGCCUGAUGUGGUAGUGGGCGGGUUGCUACGUGCUAACUGUACGAGUGCACCCGCUGCGCCUGCGCCGCGUCUCACUUGGUAUAUUGAUAAUGAAAAGGUGCCCGACGAAUCCAUUAGAUAUUUCUCCUACCGUGUGUCAAGUUCAACGAGGAACAAAGGCGGAAGCGGUUACCGUCACCGGAAAUACCAGCAUAGAUAUAUUGCCCCUGAAUUCAACUACACUGGCAAGUACUGGGCUUUAGUGAGCGAAAGUACAACACAAUCGCCGGCUAAUUUAACCAAGCAAAGUAAAUGCGCUUUGAAGGAUGGGCCGAGUGAUGACGUCGCUAAGAUUCGAAAAAAACCUCGUGAUCCAACUCCACCCCCUAUAUCUCUAUGGGUGUCGAUAGCUGAAUUACGAACACCAGCUCACGGAAGACUUCAACUUACAUGUACCGCUACAAUACCUGAUGAAGUUGGCCCUGGAGAACGAUAUGCAGAUAUCAAGAAACAAACUGUUACAGUGGCCGUGAACGAACUCAGUUUGAAGAAACCGCGAACCGAGACAUCAUAUGCCAACGCGACAUCAACACGUCUUCAAAAUUUCCACCCCUUUUUACUGAUUGGUUACGGCUUCCUAAUAAAUGAGCUUCGACAACCUUUAUAUUAAAAAAAAUUAAAAAUCCAUGCAAUACAUAGCUUCAUAUAGAUUUAAUAUUUGCGAUUCGUUUUUUCACUAGUAUGAUAUCAGCUCGGUAUAAACGUCUUAAAAUAUGUACCAGCUAUAAAAUAAAAUGAUACUAAAAAGUUAAUAGGCGCUAUAUAUUAAAUGGAUGUCUAUAUACCUACCUGCAUUGAUCAAAAUCGCUUAAACUAAUGUAGACGUAGUAAAUAUUAAAACGUAUUAGUGAUCUCGUAAUAUUUUUGCCCUAAUUUUAUUAUUAUUAAUGGGUAAUCAA